UCAGCAUUCAGCACGCGUACGGCAUACCUGUUGCCGGCGUUAUCACCGCAGUUGUCACUUGCUGAAGUGGUGUCCACGGCGGAAGACGGAUUAAAGACCUAAGAAGCUUAAUGUUGUAGACAACUAAAACAUAUAUUAUUAUACAUACCAUUGACGUCCAUACAUCGUUGUCAGCAAACAUGAUCCGGUCCAACAUAUUGAAAAAAAAUGUAUUUCAACAAGCAAUUAGAUUCAAUGCAACAUGUAGUGCUAUUCCAAAAGUUCCAAUGUACAUAGAUGGAACGUUUGUUGAAUCAAAAACAAAUGAUUGGAUAGAUGUACAUAAUCCUGCUACAAAUGAAGUCAUUUCUAAAGUACCAAAAUGUACACAAAGUGAAAUGGAACAUGCAGUAGAAUCAUCCAAAGCAGCUUUUAAGUUGUGGUCAAAAACUUCAGUGAUGAGAAGACAACAAAUCAUGUUUCGUUAUCAGGAAAUCAUCAAAGCUAAUAUGAAAAAAUUAUCUGAGAACAUAACCAAGGAACAAGGUAAAACCUUAAUUGAUGCAGAAGGAGAUGUAACUCGUGGACUUCAGGUUGUUGAAAAUUGUUGCAAUUUUACCAGCUCAAUCAUGGGUGAAUCAUUACCGUUAGUAGCUACUGAUAUGGACAUACAUUCUUAUCGUGAACCUCUUGGAGUAACAGCUGGCAUUGCUCCAUUUAAUUUCCCUGCAAUGAUACCCUUAUGGAUGUUUCCUGUUGCUAUUUCUUGUGGAAACACAUUUGUUAUCAAGCCUUCAGAAAGAGUACCUGGCAAUUGUAUGAUGCUGGUAGAAAUGCUGUCAGAAGCUGGCUGCCCACCUGGUGUUGUAAACAUAAUUCAUGGCAGUGUAGACACCGUGAAUUUCAUAUGUGAUGCACCAGACAUUAAAGCAAUUUCAUUUGUUGGUGCAAAUACUGCGGGUGAACAUAUUUACACUCGAGGUUCUAAAAAUGGUAAAAGAGUGCAAAGUAAUAUGGGUGCAAAAAAUCAUGGUGUAAUAAUGCCUGAUGCAAACAAGACUAGCAUGCUGAAUUCAUUGGUUGGAGCUGCAUUUGGAGCAGCUGGACAGCGGUGUAUGGCAUUAAGUACGGCUGUGUUUGUUGGUGAUGCCAAGAAUUGGCUUCCUGAAUUGAAGAGUCGUGCUGAAAAUUUAAAUGUCAAUGCUGGUCAUGUUCCAAAUACUGAUGUAGGACCAGUUAUAUCACCAGAAGCGAAAAAUAAAAUCCAUAAUUUAAUCCAAUCUGGUAUUGAUGAGGGAGCUAAAAUUCUUUUGGACGGAAGAAACAUAAGUGUGCCAGGCUAUGAAAAAGGAAAUUUUGUUGGACCAACUAUUCUCACAGAUGUGAAGCCACACAUGAAAUGUUAUACUGAAGAAAUAUUUGGACCAGUGUUGGUGUGCUUGACUGCUGAUACCUUGGAUGAAGCGUUGAACAUAAUUAACUCAAAUCCAUAUGGUAAUGGUACAGCUAUAUUUACAACAAAUGGAGCAACAGCUAGAAAGUUUACUCAUGAAGUUCAAUGUGGAAAUGUUGGUGUAAAUGUUCCCAUCCCAGUUCCAUUGCCAAUGUUUUCAUUUACUGGUACACGAGGUUCAUUUUUGGGACAAAAUCAUUUCUAUGGCAAACAAGGUUACCACUUUUUUACGGAAUUGAAAACAGUUACACAACUUUGGAAAGAAUCUGAUGCCACAGAUACCAAAGCAGCUGUUUCUAUGCCUGUGAUGCGAUAAUUUUUAACAUAAGUCUGAUAUUUUAUAGAGUUUAUAAUAUAAUCUUGUUUUUGUUAUUAUAAUUUUUAAUA